AUGAUUCAAACGAAAAGGCUUUCAGCUGGUCUCACGGCCACGAAUAAAGUCUUUGUGAGAUCCAGGAAUGGUGGAUGUACUAAAAUUGUCCGUGAACAUUACCUUCGAUCUGACAUUCCCUGCUAUUCGAAGCUUUGCAAUGAGUGUAUAAAUACAGUGAAGCCCGAUGCCCAAGGGAAUUUACCAGAGUUUGUUUUGCUGGACCUGCCCUUGAAACUCAAAGAUGGUGGACCGCAUUAUGUGGUGGUUGAUACAAAUGUGGUUUUGCAAGCAAUCGAUUUGUUAGAGCACACAGAUUGCUUCUACGACGUCAUCAUUCCCCAGAUUGUUCUAGAGGAAGUAAAGAACAGAUCGUUUCCAAUUUACCAGAGAGUGCGUGCUCUUGUGAAGGCUGCUGACAAGCGUUUCGUUAUUUUCCACAAUGAAUUUAACGAGGCCACUUUUGUGACGAGAGAAAAGAAUGAAUCCAUCAAUGAUAGAAACGAUAGAGCAAUCAGGAAAUGCGCCAAAUGGUAUGCUGAGCAUCUUAAUGACAAAAAUCUGGAGACACCCAUCAACAUCGUUUUCGUUUGCAACGACAGAGACAACAAAAACAAAGCCAUUGCAGAUGGUAUAGAUACUAGAAGUCUCGCCGAGUAUGUCGAAUGUUUGACUAAUGGUGAUGAGUUGAGAGAUUUAAUUCCAACUGAAAAUGAGUCCUUUGAUAAGAAUGCUGCUGAAGUGGCAUUCCCUGAAUACUAUUCAACUUCUAGAACAAUGGCCGGUGUUAAGAACGGUACAUUAUAUCAGGGAAUUUUGAAUAUUUCCACUUACAACUUCUUGGAAGGUACUGUUCAGACACCAGCUUUCAAGAAGCCUCUUUUGAUUGUCGGAACGAAGAACUUGAACAGAGCCUUUAAUGGGGACUUGGUUAUUGUCGAACUACUUCCAAAAGACAAAUGGAGAGAACCAUCGACGACAAUUGUCGAGGAGAGCUCCAUUGGUGCUAAUGAUAAUGCCGAGGAAGAAAAUCAGGAAAGCAUUAUUUCAGACAAGGAACGCCGAGUGUUGGCUCAAGAGGCCGUAAAGGCAACCUCUGCCAGCGAGGCGCAUAGGUUACAACCUACAGCAAGAAUUGUCAGCAUCACUAGAAGAUCAUGGAGAUAUUAUGUGGGCCAAAUUGCACCAUCUUCUGUCUCUGUCGAAGAAGACAAUGGAAAUGCGUCGAAGACAUGCUUCGUGGUGUUGAUGGAUAAAUUGCUCCCAAAAAUCAGAAUCAAGACGAGAAAAGCGAAGGACUUGUUAGGUCAAAGGAUUGUUGUCUCUGUGGAUCUGUGGCCUUCUUACUCCAAAUAUCCGUUAGGACAUUUUGUGCGUAGCUUGGGUGAAAUCGAAAGUGCAGAAGCUGAGACUGAGGCUUUGUUGUUAGAACAUGAUGUUGAGUAUAGACCAUUCUCAAAGGCAGUUUUGGAAUGCUUGCCUAAAGAGGGUGACAACUGGGUUGUCCCGGAGAAUUUGGACAAUGGUGACGAGCAGUUGAAAAAAAGAGUCGAUUUGAGACACAAACUUGUCUGCUCCAUUGAUCCUCCGAACUGUGUGGAUAUUGAUGAUGCUUUACAUGCAGAGCCAUUGCCAAACGGUAAUUACGAAGUCGGUGUCCAUAUUGCUGAUGUUACCCAUUUCGUUAAACCUAAUACUCCUCUUGAUAACGAAGGUGCUUCCAGAGGUACUUCGGUGUAUUUGGUUGAUAAAAGAAUCGAUAUGUUGCCGAUGUUGUUGGGUACAAACUUGUGUUCGUUGAAGCCAUUUGUUGAGAGAUUCUCAUUCUCCGUUAUUUGGGAAGUGGAUGAAGACGCAAACAUCGUUGAUGUCAAGUACAUGAAGUCUAUUAUCAAAUCCAGGCAAGCAUUCUCAUAUGAGCAAGCACAACUUAGAAUUGACGAUGCAAACCAACAGGAUGAAUUGACAAACUCCAUGAGAAUCUUGCUCAAGCUUUCGAAGAAAUUGAAACAGAAGAGAUUGGACGCUGGUGCAUUGAACUUGGCUUCUCCCGAAGUUAAAGUGCAUAUGGACAGUGAAACCUCUGACCCAGGUGAAGUGGAGAUCAAAAAGCUCUUGGAAACAAACUCAUUGGUCGAAGAGUUCAUGUUGCUUGCUAACAUUUCUGUAGCAAGAAAAAUCUUUGAUGCAUAUCCACAAACUGCAAUGUUGAGACGUCACGCAGCACCACCAGCAACAAACUUUGAAGCUCUCAACGAAAUGUUGCGUGUUAGAAAGAACGGCAUGUCUAUUUCCACCGAGUCGUCAAAGGCUCUUGCAGAUUCCUUGGAUCGGUGCGAAGAUCCAGAGGACGAGUAUUUUAACACUCUUGUACGUAUCAUGUCCACAAGAUGCAUGAUGGCUGCAGAAUAUUUCUCUUCUGGCUCCUACGGAUACCCUGAUUUUAGACAUUAUGGUUUGGCUGUGGACAUUUAUACACAUUUCACGUCACCAAUCAGAAGAUACUGUGAUGUUGUUGCGCAUAGACAACUAGCAGGUGCUAUCGGAUACGAAAACUUGGACUUGAGCCAUAGGGACAAGACUAAGAUGGAGUUGAUAGUCAAGAACAUUAAUAGAAGACACCGGAAUGCUCAGUUUGCUGGCAGAGCUAGUAUUGAAUAUUACGUGGGCCAAGUGAUGAGGAACAACGAGUCUACACAGGAAGGUUAUGUGAUCAAGUGUUUUAACAACGGUAUCGUUGUCCUUGUUCCCAAGUUUGGCGUAGAAGGGUUGAUCAAAUUGGAAAACCUUGGUGAUGUGAACAGUGCUGAGUACAACGAAGAGAAAUUCGAAAUUGCUUUCACGGAUCUCCAGGGUAAUAAGAGGGUCAUUGGAGUUUUUGACAAGGUCAUGGUUGCAGUUAAGUCUGUCAAAGACGAGGUCAGUGGAAAGAGAAAAGCACAAUUGCUGCUUGCAUGA